AUGACUCUCAGAGAAGCACCAAUGGCCUGCAGCUCAGGCAUGGUGAUGAGUGCCUUGUUUUGGUCAGUAGCCAUUGUAUAUUUGACUCAUAUUGGCAGAGUCAGUGGAGACUGCUGGCUUAUCGAGGGUGAAAAGGGCUUUGUCUGGCUUGCGAUUUGUAGCCAAAACCAACCACCAUAUGAGGCCAUCCCACAGCAUAUCAACAGCACCAUUGUGGACCUUCGUCUGAAUGAAAACAAAAUCAAAAGCAUCCAUUAUUCUGCCCUUAGUCGCUUUGCCAACUUGACCUACCUGAACCUGACCAAGAAUGAAAUCUCUUACAUUGAGGACGGGGCCUUUUCCGCUCAGUUUAAUCUUCAAGUCCUUCAAAUGGGAUUCAACAAGCUGCGGAACCUGACAGAGGGGAUCCUCAGGGGUUUAGGAAAGCUGCAGUACCUCUACCUCCAGGCAAACCUGAUUGAGACUGUGACACCCAAUGCCUUUUGGGAAUGUCCCAACAUCGAGAACAUUGAUCUCUCCAUGAACCGAAUCCAGCAGUUAGAUGGGUCCACGUUUACCACUUUGAACAAACUGACCACCUGCGAAUUAUACACCAACCCGUUCAACUGCUCAUGCGAAUUACUUGGCUUUGUCAAAUGGCUCUCAGUUUUCCCCAACAGGACCAAUGAGCGGAUGGUUUGUGACUCCCCGUCCGGCGUCUCUGGUUAUAGUUUACUGAGCCAGAAUCCUAACAAUCCAACCUAUCGAAAUGCGCUCCAUAUACUCAGCACUGUGUGUAAUGAUGACUUUGUGACGCCAUUUAUUACCCUGCCCCCUGAACCCACAACACCUCCACCAGACAUUACUCUCUGUGGGCUGGAAGAUUGUCCUUCAGGCACAGAACCAGAAGACCUUUCCAUCAGUACAACAUACAGUGAAGUGGAAGUAAACCCUGUAAUGAAACUGAAGCAAGUGUCAAAUACAGGCGCCAUCAUUACAGUUCAGAUUCCUUAUCCCUUCAAGAAGAUGUACAUCCUGGUUUUGUAUAACAACAGCUUUUUUACAGACAUUCAAAACCUGAAGAAACUUAAGGAGGACGUUGAACUGAAAGGCCUAAAACCCAACACUGAUUACACAUACUGUGUCGCUUCUAUACGUAAUUCUCUUCGACAAAACCACACUUGUCUGACAGUCUCUAUCGGCCCUCGGAAUGGAAAGGAAAGAGACGUGAACAACGCUACAGCUACCCACUACAUCAUGACGAUCUUAGGUUGCCUCUUUAGCAUGGUCAUUUUCCUUGGAGUGGUCUACUACUGCUUGCGAAGGAAGCGUCAGCAAGAUGAAAAGCACAAAAAAGCAGGUAGCCUGAAGAAGAAUAUAAUGGAACUUAAAUAUGGACAGGAACUGGAAGGAGGGACUAUUUCUCGAAUGUCUCAGAAGCAGUUGUUGGCUGGGGAGAGUAUGGCUCGUAUGCCAUACAUACCCACUGCUUCUGAGAUGGAACAGUACAAAUUCCAAGAGAUGAGUGAGACUCCUAAAAUGAUGAAAGGAAAUUACAUGGAAGUGCGAAGUAUGGACCACCAUGAACGUAGGGAGUGCGACAUGGGUAUGCCUGGGAAUAGCCAGGGGUCGGUAGCAGAGAUAUCCACCAUUGCAAAAGAGGUUGAUAAAGUCAAUCAAAUCAUCAAUAACUGUAUAGAUGCUCUUAAGUCAGAAUCCACCUCUUUUCAAGGGGUCAAAUCUGGGGCAGUUUCCACUGCAGAGCCUCAGCUCGUUCUUAUAUCAGAGCACCCACAGAGUAAAUCUGGCCUUCUAUCCCCAGCAUAUAAGGACAGCUACCAUCACUCCCUGCAGAGGCAUCGGAGCUCUGACGCCUCGCCAAAGAGACCCAGCACUGCCACAGGAGGGCCCAUGAGGAGCCCCAGGCCUUAUCGCUCUGAGUCUAAGUACAUAGAGAAAACCUCCCCAACAGGAGAGACCAUCCUCACUGUAACACCUACCGCUGCCAUCCUGAGGGCUGAGGCGGACAAGAUUCGCCAGUACAGUGACCACAGGCACUCGUAUCCCGACGCUCAGAUAGAGGAGCUGGAAGGACCUGAGGGCCACAAGUCCUCCAUGUUGGAGCCUCUUACUCACUCCCGCUCCAGAGACUUAACAUACUCCCAGCUGUCUUCUCAGUACCAUAAUCUAAGCUACUCCUCGAGUCCUGAAUAUUACUGCAAACCCUCUCAUAGCAUCUGGGAGAAAUUCAAACUCCACCGUAAACGACACAAAGAUGACGAGUAUAUGGCUGCAGGACAUGCGCUGCGUAAGAAAGUCCAGUUUGCAAAGGAUGAGGACCUGCAUGAUAUUUUAGACUACUGGAAAGGCGUAUCGGCCCAAAAUAAAUCAUAA